GGGAACUUAACUUUUUUCUUAAUACUGCAUACUAAUUCUGACAUUGGUUCAUAUUAGAUGCCCGAAUAUUCAGAAGUGCAUUGAGUGUUAUUCUGAUAUAAGGACAUUCGCCAGCCACUUUCCAGCCUAUGUUCGCUGUAGUUUAUGCAGAUACAGCACAAGCUGCAGUAAAGCCUACGUGAAUCACAUGAUGAGGUAGGAAAUAUUCAGCUUCAAGUUGUUAAAUUAUGUCUGUAGUUUGUUUCUGUUCUGGUAGAUUUCUGCUCUUUUUUAUAUUGCAGCAAGUCUGUGCCUCAGUGCAACCCUAACACCACCUCCCCUUGUGUGGGCACUGACCCUAACCAGGAUUACUCCUGGGUAGGUUUCCCCCUUAAAAAAUAUUUGAAACCUGUUUGUUGGUGGUUGAAAGCCUGGUUAGCGUUCAGUGUGGUUAAAGCUGAGGCUGGGGGCUUGUGCUCAGGAAGAGAAGAGGCAGGCAAGGAGCAUACUGUCUCUCAGCCAGUGCUAUACUGCAAUGCCACAGCUGCAUUAACGGAAGAUUGGGGCUCUGCAUGGCUUUAGUGUCCUCUGUUCCAUGAUUUAUAAAUUAGCAUUUAUGCUUUUUUUUAAAAUAAAUGCUAGGCUGCUUUCUUCCACUAAGGAACUCAAAGCAGAUUACAGCGUAAAAAUAGAAAAAUAAUCAAAGCAAUACCAGAGCAGCACAAUAAAAUUCUGUAAUAAAAUCAGUAGUCAGAAAAGCAGUGAAGAAAAUCCAGCUUAUCAGAAGUAAAAAAAACCUUCAGUUGAUUUAGCCUUCCCCAGAGAUCUCUUCAAAGAAUCAGGUUCUCACCUGGUUCUGGAAGGCCUUCCUAGGAAAAGCAUUCUGAAGCAUUGAUGCCACAACUGAAAAAGCUCCUGUUCCUCGUGCCCAUUUAAAAAAAAUCAGGUUUUGACCUAGAGCAUAUGGGUGAACAGGGUGCUUGAAGGCCAAAUUUUUCUCCCAUUUCAAAGAGGGAAAACUUCCUCCAUGUGAACAUACUUACUGAAGUGAAGGCACUUUAACAUUUCCCAGACAUUUUUAAAAGUAUUGUCAUUUUAACAUGCUACAAUUUGUUAUAUUUUAGCUUUUUGUAAACCCACCCUGGAAGCACUGCUUCUGCUCUCCUCUCAAAAGUUGCUCUGGAGGAAUCUCCGGUUCUUAGCAGAGGUGUCUGGAUAGUGGCUGAAAUCAGUGGCACACCCUCCUUCGCUGGUAGACGCAUCUCCCGGUCAUGCAGCAGAAUCUUUGGGCUCAGGAAUGACUAGACACCUGCUUGUUUCUAUACCUUAGAUUGCAGUCUUAUUGUUUAAUGUUGUAUUAUAUGAUAUGGGGGGACGGGACAUUUCUUUGAGAAGUCCAUUUCAGCUAUUUUAUUAUCUUGUAGUUUUCACAGCGCUCGACAAAGUAAACGAUUUUGGAUUUAUAAGACUCAUUCAGAAGAUCUGAGGUAACCAUCUCCUUUUUCUUUUUUAAGGUGUACAUUUUUUGCAACAUGCAUCACAGUCCUUGGAUAAGUCCCGCUGUGUCUAAUGAGGCUUUCUCCCCAAGUGUAUUUCAGAUUGCAAUUUCAGUUACUGCUGAAUUGGGUUUAAGAUGUGCGCAUGUUAUCUGGAUUCCAUCUAACUUUUAUUUCUUAUAUAAAGCUUUGUUUUCAGAAUGCAAAGCUUUCUUCAUAAAAUGAGACAACCCUAAACUAAUAUCCAAGCCAAAAUUCUUGAUUUUUCUGAUGUUUUGAGAUGUGAUACUGAUUCUUUUGUUUGUUAAAUUUUGCUCAUCAUCAUGAUUUGUUGUUUUGAAUCCAUUUUUCCACAUAGCUGCAAUUUCACAGAUCCAGAAGUUAUAAGGAAAACCAUCAAGGGAGGGGCGGGCACUGAUAACUUUGCUUACCGAAAAAAGUACAACCUUUCCUUCUGUAGUCUUGUUCUUUCCAAUAAUAUUAUUCAUAUAUGCAAUGCUUAUGAAAAAUUCUUGGAACGAACAUGUGUACCAGCUAGUAUGUAAUGAGUUAUAUGUAUAUAUUAGUCCAGUGCAGGGUUGACUUCACAUGACAUGGUCAGAAGAAGCUUUUUGUAACCUUUUGCCUCCCUUGCACUCAGGGUUACUUCUUCCUUUUUCCCCUAGGGGUGUUACUCUUGUUUGUCUUAAUUGUGAGUUCCUGACUGAUGCUUCCGGCUUGGAUAAUAUGGCUACGCACUUGAACGAAAACCUUACUCACACUUGUCAAGUGAUUAUCGAAAAUGGUAUGUGGCUCAUGUACCUCUGACAUAAGCCAGAUGUUAGCCUGUUGUCUUUCUGUUGGUUUUUAACACUACUGAUCUUCUCUUUAAUUCCAGUUCCCUCGGACUGUCUGGUUGCCGACAACAUUUCUCAGUAAGUUUCUGAGAUUAGCUUGUUUGUCAGUUGGGUGGUUGUGUUUUUUUUUUUUUUUAAAAUAUUUUAUUAAGGAUUUUCUUGUUUUACAGAAGUGUAGUGCCUCGUAUUUUUUUUCCCAUGUAACAUUUUUACAAAUCCGUUUCAUUUGUUGAGGCAUUAGGGGGAGAAGAAAAAAAAAAAGAAAAAAGAAAAAGGGGGGGGUGGAGAGAGGGAAGAUGGAUGGGGGUGGGGUCGGGUGGCGGUGUUUCUAUUAUGUUUAAUGUAUGUAGAGUUUGGUGUCAGCGUUGCUUGUGUUGUUCACUUGUGUUCCUUUGGUGGUGAGAGAGGUUGGGGUUGGCCUAGGGUGUGAUUGUUUGCUUGUGAUUGGCUGUGGUGAUCUUUGUUUUCGUGUGUGAGUGAGGUGGGUGGGUGUUUUGGAUCAGGUUAGCCAUAUUGAUUUGUAUGCUGUUGGUGGAUUAUUGUCAUUGUCCUGUUGGGCUGUGUAUGUGAUAAAUGGGAGCCAUACCGGGGUGAAGGCGUCUUCUUCUGUUUGUCCCCGUGUCAGUUUCAGUUUAUUAGUUAAUUUUUCUAGUAGGGCUGUUUCCCAUACUAUUUGGUACCAUUGGUCCAUGCUUACUCCUGACAGGUCUCUCCAGUGUCUGGUUAUGGUGUUUCUGGCUGCUGAGAGCAGGUGGGUUAUGAGUUCUUUGUGGUGUAAAUGGGCAUUGUUGUCUUGGAAGAUGUUUAGUAGGGCCAAUUCUGGGGUGAUGUCUAUUACUUGCUUAGUUAUUUUACAUAUUUCUUGUAUGGCUGUUGUCCAGAAUAGUUGGAUUUUGGGACACUCCCACCACAUGUGGAGGUAUGUGCCUGUGGAGGUGCACCCUCUCCAGCAUUUUGGUGAGGUUCCUGGGUGUAUUAGCGCUAGUUUCCUUGGUGUUAGGUACCACCUGUAGGUGAGUUUCAGUGUGAGUUCUUUUCUUUUCGUUGAUAUGGAUUUAAAGGGGGUUUAGACCACAUUCUGGUCCAUUGAGUGGGGUUAAUCUCAUAACCUAUGUCAUUCUCCCAUUGUUUUUUGAUUGCGUCUAGGGCAUUUACAGGAUUUUGGAGUAGUAUUUUGUAUAUUGCGGAUACCGUCCCUUUACCGUUUCCCUUUGUUGUUAGGGGGAGGUUUUCGAAGGUUGUCAGGGGCCUAGUUGCUGCUGAUUUUACUGUUGGGUUGUUUAAGAGGGCAUGAAGUUGGUGUUGUGUUAACCAGGGCAUUUGGGUGUCUUCUAGUUUGUCUUGUAUUUCUUGUGUUGACAAGGGUUUGUUAUUUUUAUAAAAGUCUAUUAGGCGAUAUAAGCCUUUGGUUCGCCAGGUUUUUAUCUUGAGGUUUUGUGCUGCACGGUGGAAUAAUGGGUGGUACGCCAUGGGAUUAGUGGGGAUGGGGUUGGGGAUAGUUUGCCUAUUUGUGUUUUCCAUGCUUUGAGCAUGGUCUGUGUGUACCUGUUAAGUGUUGUGGGAAUUUUCUUUAGUUUGUUUGGGAGGAGUGGGUAUGUUGUGGUGCAGGUGUUUUCAAUUGUGUCCCUCUCUAGGUGUACCCAUUGUUUUGUCUCAUCUUCUAGUAUAUAUGGGAUUAUGUGGCGUAUUUGGUUGGCAUUGUAAUAUGCUUCUAUGUUGGGGAUUCCCCAUCCUCCUUCUGAGGUGGGGAGGUGCAGGUAUUUGGGGCUUAUUCUUGGUUUUUUAUGUGAGAAGAUGAAAGAGUGUAGUUUUCUCUGCCAACUGCGAAGUUGGGUUGAGGGGAUCCAGAUUGGGAGGGUUUGGAAUAGGUAGGUUAGUUUUGGGAGUGUGAUCAUUUUGAUCAUGGCUAUUUUGUCUGAGAGAGUGAAGUUCAUGUUAUUCCAUCUCUUUAGGUCUUUGUUAAUUUGUCGCCACAGGGGCUUGUAGUUGUGGAGGUACAAUUUAUUGAGGUUUCUGGUUAUUUGUACCCCUAGGUAUCUGAACUUGGUGUGGCAAAGUUUUAUUUUGGUGACCUUCGUGAGUUCUUUUUGGGUGUGAGGAGGGGUGUUGAAGCACAUAGCUUCUGACUUUGUAAAAUUUACCUGUAGGCCCGACACCAUUGCAAAUGUGUUGAGUUCUCUGAUUAGGGAGGUUGCUGUGCUUAUGGGGUCUGGUGUUGUGACCAUUAGGUCAUCUGCAAAGAGCCCUAAUUUAUAGGUUCUGCCUUUUAUUUCCACUCCCUUGAUGUCUGUGGCUGCUCGGAUGCGGAUUGCUAGGGGUUCCAGAGCCAGGAUAAAUAAGAAGGGAGACAGUGGGCAUCCUUGUUUCGUGCCUCUUUGGAUAGCUAUAGUGUUAGAAUCCAUAUUGUUAGUUCUGCAUUUUGCUGAGGCUUGGGAGUAUAUUUGUUUGAGGAUUUGUAGGAAGUUGGGGCCAAAUUUCAUGUUAGUUAGUACUGCUAAUAUGUAUUUCCACUCCAAGCAAUCAAAGGCUUUGAGGAUGUCUAGGGACAUAAUUGUCAAUGGGAGUUUGGUUGCCUUGCUGUGUUCGAUCAGGUUCAGUAGUUUCCUGAUGGGGUCUGUUAUAUUGCGGCCAGGGACAAAGCCAGUCUGGUCUGGGGCUAUUAACUUGUGUAGGAAGAUUUUUAGGCGGUUGGCCAAGAUUGAUGUGAAUAUCUUGUAGUCUUGGUUUAUUAAUGAGAUUGGGCGGUAUGAUUCUACUUUGAGGCUGUCUUUUAGUGGUUUUGGGAUGGAGACUAUUUUGGAGUGGGUCCAGGUUUUGGGGAUGGGGCCCCCUUUUAUGAUGUCGUUGAAUAGGCGGGUCAUGUAGGGCAUCAAGGGUUCUUUGAAUUUCUUAUAGAAUUCUGCUGUGAAGCCGUCUGGGCCUGGGGCUUUGUGUGGUUUCAGGUUUUUGAGGACCGCAUCUAUUUCCUCUGGGGUGAUAGGGCUGUCCAUGAAUUCCUGUUCCUCAUUAGUUAGGGUAGGCAUGGUCAGUCCUGCUAGAAAUGUUCUGAUUUCCUUCUCUGGUGGGUUAUGGGAGGUGUAUAGGUUGGAGUAGAAUUCUGCAAAUUCUGAGGUUAUUUCUUUGGGGAGAAUGUUAUGUUGCCGUCUUUUUGGUGAUGCAGUGUAUUCUUGUUUUGAGUGCUUUUUCCUACAUCUAUUUGCUAGUAAUCUGGAGUUUUUCCCUCCAUAUUCGUAGAAACGUUGUUUAGAGUAUAGAAUGUUGAUCAUUGUUUUGUUAAUUUCUAGGGAGUCUAGUUCUCUCCUUUUUUGUUCUAUAAGUUUGAGGAGUUUUUAGAUCCUGUUUGUUUGUAGCGUGAUGAGAGGGCUGUGGUGUCUUGUUCUAUUUUGCUAAUUUUUGAGGAGGUUUGUUUUUUAAGGAAUGUUUUCUCUUUUAUGCAAGCUCCUCUGGUGACCGCUUUCAUUGCGUCCCAUAGGAGGGGGGUUGUUAUAUUGUUUACAUCGUUUUCUUUGAAGUAGUUUUGGAGGGUUUUUGUGAGACUCUCUCUAAUUUGUUUGUUUGUAGUUAGGAUGGGACUGAAGGACCAUGAUGGGGUGGUUUGUAGUUGGGUGGUUGUGUUGAUGGUCUACCAGCAUAGAAAGAAAGGGUUUCUAUUCUAUGAUACAGAAGCAAGUUUGGUUGUACUCCAGAUAAAAAAAUGCAAAUUCCAUUUUAAAUAUUUUUAUUAAGCUUUAUUACAUACACACAAAGGCCAGGAUAAAAAAACCCACGCAACUUGGUUCAAGUGUUUUUGGGGACUUAAGGUUUAUGUUUUACAAAUAGUAGCCCCCAAUACUGUGUGUCAAGCCAUAUUUGAAGCAUAUGUGUUUGAGUGUGUGUAUGAUAGUGAGUUGUUCAUGGGGGGGCGGGAGGUGUUAAAUCUCUGCUUAGCAUCCCUGAAGUGCCUUCUUUUGGAAUCACAACCCAAGUCUACCGUAGUUUUCGCUCCAUUACACGCAUUUUUUUCCUCCUAGAAAGUAAGGGGAAAUGUGCGUGUUACAGAGCGAAUGCUUCCCUCCUCCAUGGUUUCCAGCGGGAGAAGAGCCGCUGAAUGGGGAGGAGAGAGGGACAGUGUGCCUGGAGGGAGAGAAGCAGAACCUGCUUGCUUUAAAGGAGCCUACCGGACAGGAGCCGCUUACACUCAGCUCUCUGUAUCUCUCUCGUCCCCACUCAGUGGCUCUUCUCCCGCUUUGCUGGAAAUGGCAGGAAAGAUUUUCAGCUCGCUUAAGGGGGGAGAGGAGGGAGAGAAGCAGAGCCUGCUUGCUUUAAAGGAGCAAAGCGGGAGAGGAGCCGCUUACACGAGUGUAAGCGGCUCCUGUCCGGUUGGCUCCUUUAAAGCAAGCAGGCUCUCUGUAUCUCUCUCGUCCCGCUUUGCUGGAAAUAGCAGGAAAGAUUUUCAGCUCGCUAAGCGGGGGGGGGGGAGGGAGAGAGAGAGAAGCAGAACCUGCUUGCUUUAAAGGAGCCUGUCCGGUAGGCUCCUUUAAAGCAAGCAGGCUCUCUGUCCCUCCAGCAAAGUUUUUCAGCUCGCUAAGGGGGGGGGGAGGAGGGAGAGAAGCAGAGCUUGCUCCACAUGUGCUCCUUGUCCCUUGAGUGCUUUUCCUUCCCUCCCCACUUAAAACAUGGUUACAAAGCACAGAUCCACAUGGAUCCUCAGGAUUUUUGCAUUGGGCCAACCCAAACUCACCAUCAGAUCAGCAUGAACCACAAAAAUCAUACAUCCACUGUUUCGUGUAGAAUAUUUUUUUUCUUGUUUUCCUCCUCUAAAAACUACAUGCGUGUUAUGGUCGGGUGCGUGUUAUCGAGCGAAAAAUACGGUAAUUACAGUGCUUUGUCUAAUAAAUUGUAGUGUUCUGAUGCAUCCUUAUUAAUGAGGAAGCAGCCACCCAAGCCGGUGGAGUUCCUCUGUAUCAGGCCAAAGGGGGCCCAUCUAAUUCAGCCUCCUCUUUCCCAGAGUGGCCAAGCCUGAUGCCCCAAAGGGCCUCUCAAAGCAGGACACGAAGGCAGCAGCCCUUCUCUGCUGCUGCCCCCACCAUCCACAAUUGGCAUUCAGGGUACACCGUCUCCGAAUCUGGCGUUUCUGCCAGCAAUCGUAACAGUUGAUAAAGCUCUUCUUCAUGAUUUGUCUAAAUCCACCUUUAAAACCAUCUGAGCGAAACUGUUAGCCACCUUCCUAUCUUGUGAUAGUGAGUUCCAAAAAGCAUAUUAUGCUUUGUAUGAAGAAGUAGUUUGCUGUUGUCGAGCCUAGCCCGAGCCUGUUGCUGGUUGUUCAUGUUGGCUUUUUGCACUAUGGUAGCGCUGCAGAGAGCUUGCUGGGGAGACCAUGCAUUAAAAAGGGACUCAAAAAUAAUUUAAACAAGGUUUUAAUAAGAAAAACAAAAACUCCUUUUAGACUAAAUACAUUAACAAACAAACAUGACCCAACCACCAACCCAUCCCCCAGGGUAAUGGGAGAGCUAGGUGCUGCUCCUUAUAUACUACACCCAAUUGCCAACACAGCUUAAUCAAUACAACUCAGCAGCACCUGCUAUGUUUCACAGCUGUAAAGCUGGGUCUCGUUAUCUUGCUCUGGCCCUUUCUCUGGCCCCUUAAAGACAUACACAUCGAGUGGAACAAUGAUGAACCUUUACAUAUUAAACCAUUCAACAGUUCAAAUGCCUUCUGUUACACCCUGUUAAAAAAUGAGUUCCCACCUAUUUCCUGUAGUUCUAACCUGUUUGAGGGAUGUGAAAUUUACCAUUGUUGCAGCAGCUUGUAUUCUUAUUUAGUUGGUCAAAUUAAAUAUGUUUAGUGUCUCCCAUAUACAGAUUUUUUUAAUUUCAUUUUUGCUAUGUCAGACAAGUUUUAACAUAAGACAGUUUAUCAUACUUUUUUUUCAACCACAGUAACAAAUUAUCAACCUUCAAUGUAAAUAAAACAAUAUUUUCUGUAUGCUGCAUCUCUGGACCAGCUGCUGGCACAGAUAAAAGCCUGUUUCUCCUUUCUGAGUAUCAGUUGCAUUUGGCAACUUGGGUUCCCCACAAAGCUGAUAUAUAGCAAUGCAAGAAAAGGAAGUCUCUUUUCUCUGGUCACUUUCAGUAACAGUAUUGAUUGUAUAUGUUCGCUCCCCCUUCCUUAUGGCUUUGACGUAACAUGUUUUGCACAUGGUGGGUUGUUUUCCCCACACUACGUAGUAGAAACAAUAAACAUGUUUCACAAUAAACAAUGUUUCACAAUAUAAAUGUGAUUUGCAUGUUCUGCAGAUAUUUUUAACAUGUAAUGCUGGUUCUAUGUAGUAUUUUAAAGUCAUCAAUAAGACAUUACAAGAAGUUAGAUGUACUUUUAAAUAUAUGCUUUUAAGGCCAACCUACGAGGAAUCUUUUGAUAAUUGUCAAAUGGUUGCUAAUGACAUACCGUAUUUUUCGCCCUAUAGGACGCACUUUUUCCCCUCCCAAAAUGAAGGGGAAAUGUGCGUGCGUCCUAUGGGGCGAAUGCAGGCUUCACUGAAGCCUGGAGAGCGAGAGGGUCGGUGCGCACCCACCCCUCUCGCUCUCCAGGCUUCAGGAGAGCCCCAGCGCCAGCCCCACAAGGUCGGGGGACAGAGGGAGGCGGAACGCCGCCAUCCCGCUGUCUCCCGAAGUGGUUUGGAGGCUGACGGCUGGGAGACCCCGCUGCCAGCCCCGCAAGCUCCGGGGACAGCUGGGAGACGCAGCGCGUCUACCAGCUGUCCCCGGACCUUAUCUGAACGCGGGCGGCGCGGAGAACAGAGCAUCUCCCCGCUGCCUGCCCCGCAAGCUCCGGGGACAGCUGGGAGGCGCAGCGCGUCUUCCCACUGUCCCCGGACCUGAUCUCAAGGCGGGCGGCGGGGAGAAGAGCGCUUCUCCCCGCUGCCUGCCCCGCAAGCUCCGGGGACAGCUGGGAGGCGCAGCGUGUCUUCCCGCUGUCCCCGGAUCUGAUCUGAAGGCGGGCGGUGGGUGGCAGGGAGAAGAGCGCUUCUCCCCGCUGCCUGCCCCGCAAGCUCCGGGGACAGCUGGGAGGCGCAGCGCGUCUCCCCGCUGUCCCCGGACCUGAUCUCAAGGUGGCCCCACAAGCGCCUGGGGGGGAAAUAAAAAUUUUUUUCUUUAUUUCCCCCCCAAAAAACUUGAUGCGUCCUAUGGGCCGGUGCGUCCUAUGGGGCGAAAAAUACGGUACAUCCUUUUAAAGUUACAAAAAAUGGAAUGAGUUAUGUCAGCCUGUUAGCACUGGCUCUCGCCCUCAUAACUAAACACAUGCAGCUCCUUAAUAUGCCAAGUACCUUGUAUGUUGCUGCAGCCUUAGUAGGGUCAUUAAUCAUUUAAUUCAUGAUUAAUAAAAUUUCUACCCGGGUGUAAGAGGUGCAGUUCCAUACUUCAGCGGAUUAAAAUUCACUUCAGUGCCACAUCAACAAAGAAGAUACAAUCACCAGAAAUUUCUUUAAACAAAAGCCUUUGAAAGGUUAAAUUGUAUGUUAAAAAUCACGAGUCUACAAGGUUUUAUAGGAGAGGUGCACUUCUUGCUCUUUCUACAGUAGAGUUGUUCUAGCAUAAAAUAUGAAAAUCAAUCAUGGUGAUGUGAUAAGUUGCUUGUUUAUUGUGGUUUAGAAGUCAAUACAUUUAAAUAAUGUAUAACUAAUGAAGUAUGCCCUGGGGAAAUAUUUGCAGAAAAAUCUACCCUUUAAGUGAUAGAUUGAGGUCUAUAUUUAUCAGCAAACGCUACAGAAAAGCCCUUCAUUGCGGUACAAAAAUGCAGAGUUAUGGCUGGAAGACUUUUUCCAUGAACAUCUCAGUUAAAAAUAGGCAAGGAAAUGGGAGCCCAUUCUUUCCACAGAACGGCAAAUCUGUGAACUUUUAGGUAUGUAUUUUGCUAAUAAUUUAGUUCAGGAAUGGCAACAAUCUUGCAGUUCAGAAAGUGCAGCUGCUGGGCAUUAGUGCUUUACAGAAUGCAGAGGCAAAAGAAAUGCAGGCCUUGCCCAAGAAGCUUAGUCUAACCUAGGUGUGAACAGGAGCUCCCAUUGGUUGCUCACAUGUUGGUCCCAUUUCUAUAUAACUGGGUGGGAUUAAACAAGCCUGGCUGCUCCCGUCAGAUUUUGUUUAGCCCCAAAGUUGAAUGGGAAAAACAGCAGAGGGGAGGGGAGUUUCCUCUUAAAUUGAAAUUAAUUUACUUAAUUUAAUUAUGACAAAACAAAAAUUGUGGUAUUUACUAGAGCUCGCCACACAUUUAGAUGGUCUUUAGAUGAACACAAAAUUGAACAGUGUCUUUUUUUUAAAUAUCUUGGUAUCACUUUCCAAUCUACAUCUAGCUGGCUUGCCCACUUCAAGACUGUAGCCCUUCUAACACGUAGGACAAUCGGUGCCCUGCUCAGCUUUUUUAUUCGAGGGAGGGCAACUGGUGAUCCCGGCAUUAAAAGCUUUUGUUGGAAAAGUGAUUCCCCAGAUGCUAUAUGGAGUAGAACUCUGGGGAUGGAAUCAGAAGCUGUUAGAACGGCUUGAAAUCUUCCAAAAUUUUUACCUCAGAAGAAUUCUAGGCCUCCCUCAGAGUACUCCGGCAGCUCUCCUAAGAGUGGAAGUAGGAUUACCUUCUGUGUCUGCCAGGGCCCACUUAAGAUUCCUGCGUUUUUUCAUCAACCUCACAGAUGCCCCGAACACCUUACUGGCUAAACAAGCCUUUGUAUUAUUACAAAAUAAUACUACUUGGCAUAAAAACCUACUAGAUAUCCUAUCCAGAUACAAUCUACCUGAGUUUAAUACCCUUAAAUUGUGGAGCCCUGAUAAAGUUCGGGAAUGGAUCUUUGAAAAAGACGCCUUUUGGACUCCACAAAGAUAAAAACUCUGGGUUUUCCUACUGGUUUCCCGAGUAAAAGCAGUCAAAAUCUGUGCCAACUACUUGGUGGAAAUCACUGACCCCACCCUUCGGAGAGCUUUCACUAUGGCACGGUUUCAAACACUGCCAACUGCAUAUCUGACCGGUAGAUUCACAAAAACCCCAGUAGAACAUCGUUUAUGCCCUUGCCUUAUGAAAAUUAAAGAGGAUCUUACACAUUACCUCCUCUAUUGCCCCAUCUACUCGAGCUUUAGAGACGCAUUGCUGCAAAUUAUACCCAACUCUAUAACCAAUCCUGAAGAUAGAGUAAAAUUUUUGUUAGUUGAUGCAAACCCACGUAUUACCCAUGUGGUAGCGGUUUUUGUGAUAAAGGCCAUGAAAGCCAGGGAAAGACUUAUGGAUGACAAUGUAAAGACCCCUUCAUCGUCUGUUUAACUCGUUGCUCGUUUUCCCUCUCUUUCUAUUUUGUGGGAUGAAGGUUUUGUUGGCGUAGUAUGUAAUGAAUUUUAAUAUCUUUUAACUAUUGUUGUGUUAAUGUUUGUGUACAGGCAUGGUCCUCACAAUAAACGGAUUUGUCUUGUCUCAUACUUAAUUUGAGCAAUUCAUACCUUAUCCUUCUAUUCCAAUAGCAGCACUUGUGACUUACAAAAGACAAAAUAAUAAAAAUUUGAUCAACAAUAGACUAUUAAACUGAGACAAGCGUCACAGAUGAAAAUGCAUUAUGCUGCAGAGUUAUCUGCUAAACCUUUUUGAAAUUGGCACACCAAAUUCCUAGCAAACUACCCGGAACAAGCUGGUGAAGAGUAAAGAGGUGGGGUCAAGUGGGUCUCUCUUUUCAGGUAGUUCCACAACCUGCAUGCAGAAUGUUGUAGAUGGAACAUGCAAGGAGUAAAACAGCCAUACUUCUCCUUGAGUUAUUGUUUCAUUAGGGAAGGAGGAAACCAAUGACUCACAGUGGAGAUUUUCAGAAUAGUUGAAAAAUUUAAAUGUGUGUUAGUAUUAAUUUCCUGGACUUUAACGUUGAUGAUAAUAUGCUGUCUGAGAAUAACAGAUGUUGUUUUAUUCUUUAGCCUGGUUAGUGAUGCAUCAUCGAACAGUGGAGGUGAAGAAACAUCCCAGGUAGUGUACCUUUGUGUUCUCAACCUUUUGAACUGGCAUGCUCCUGCAGUGUAUUUAGAAGUGUGUGUGUUUGUGUGUGUGUAGCUUUAUUUUUAUUUAUCUGCAGCAUAAUAAUCUCCAGUGUGUAU